CUAUAGGAAACUAGGAAUCGAGAAGGAUUGCCAAGAUGAUGAUGCAGAUGUAUUUCCAUUUUCGCUUAGGCGAACCGAUAUUGCUUCAAGAAUGGACACCAAAAAAUAUGACAGGAUAUGUGUUCACAUGCAUUGGUGUUGCUGCGAUAGCUGUUGUGUACGAAGUGGUCAAAUUUUCAAGAUCUGGAGUAGAAAAGAAGGCCAACGCACAAAAGUUGUGCGGAUGUCAUUUGGAAACAGCAGCACUGCAUAAAGUUACUCCAGCUCCAGGGAUGCCAUGCGGUACAACUAGCGCAAAUAGGAGGACAGAAUUACCAUUUUUGCCGUCAAAUCUUGGACGUUCCAUGCAUUCCCUAUCGUCGAUUAUUUAUUUUGUGCAAAUGUUCAUGGCAUACUCGUUAAUGAUGAUCUCGAUGACCUACAAUGUGCCCAUUUUCCUCAGCAUGGUUCUGGGCCACAUCGUUGCUUAUUUCUUUCUCGGACCACUAAUUUCUAUUCGACAGUAUGAGAGACUGGGUGACUGCUGUGGAUAAAAUUUUUCAGUAAACUUAGAAUGAAAUUUUAUUUACGAAACAUGAUUUCAUGAAGACACCGAAUGAAAAUCCAUCGAGUGUAA